UUGUUUCUCCAUGUAAUUCUCCUGAUGGAAGACCAACCGGGAUUCCCUUUUUGCUGUUCGUGCUGAAUAGUUGCUUGGACAGGUGGUGAAUGAGUGAAGAUAAGCUCCGUGAUGGUUCAAAUGUGGGAAUUGCCCCGGAUGUGGUUGCUGCUGACGCUGCCCUGGGAAAAUGCCUUGACAGGGAAUUAACGCCAUUCAGUGAUGGGCUGUGGGACAAGCAAAGUGCUUCCCGAGCCCCCCAAAGAUGUGCAGCUAGACCUGGUUAAAAAAGUCGAACCUUACACAGGCCACAAUGACGUAUACAAGCAUUUCAUCAAAGAUGACUGUGGGACUGUCAUCAAAGCUGGCUCUCCCUCACCUCCGCGUCACGCUAACCCGUACCCUGGGAACCACCUGCCUGUCCACAUGGACCAGCCCGAACCCCGCAAGAACAAAGUGGCUAAAUACCGCGCCAAAUUUGACCCCAGAGUGACAGCCAAGUAUGACAUUAAAGCCCUGAUUGGGAGGGGGAGUUUUAGCCGCGUUGUACGGGUGGAACACAAGGCUACCAAGCAGCCCUAUGCAAUUAAGAUGAUAGAGACCAAAUACCGGGAGGGGAGGGAAGUGUGCGAGUCGGAGCUUAGUGUACUACGGCGGGUUCGGCACACCAAUAUCAUCCAGCUUAUUGAGGUGUUUGAGACCCAGGACCGUGUGUACAUGGUGAUGGAACUGGCAACUGGAGGAGAACUGUUUGAUCGCAUCAUCGCUAAAGGUUCCUUCACUGAGAGAGAUGCUACGCGUGUGCUGCAGAUGGUAUUGGAUGGUGUGAAGUACUUGCAUACUCUGGGUAUCACGCACCGGGACUUAAAACCAGAGAAUCUGUUGUACUACCAUCCAGGAACAGAUUCCAAAAUCAUGAUUACGGACUUUGGACUGGCAAGUGCUCGGAAGAAGGGAGAUGACUGCCUGAUGAAAACCACAUGUGGGACCCCAGAGUACAUUGCUCCUGAGAUCCUGGUCAGGAAACCGUACACAAACUCUGUGGACAUGUGGGCACUGGGUGUUAUCUCGUACAUUCUCCUGAGUGGCACUAUGCCCUUUGAAGAUGACAACCGCACCCGCUUAUAUCGGCAGAUCCUGAAAGGAAAAUACAGUUACUCAGGCGAGCCCUGGCCCAGUGUGUCCAACCUGGCCAAGGAUUUCAUCGAUCGUCUACUCACGGUGGACCCCAGUGACAGGAUGACAGCCCUUCAGGCCCUGAAGCACCCAUGGGUGGUCAGCAUGGCAGCCUCUUCCUCCAUGAAGAACCUGCACCGUUCCAUCUCACAAAACCUUCUCAAGAGGGCAUCUUCCCGCUGCCAGAGCACCAAGUCCGCACAGUCCACCCGCUCCAGCCGCUCCACCAAAUCCAACAAGUCGCGGCGGGUUCGGGAACGGGAGCUGCGAGAGCUGAACCUGCGCUACCAGCAGCAGUACACUGGCUGAGCACUGGGCUGGGGCCUGCCAGGCGUCUUUCCAGAUGUCUUCUCUGCGGUGUAGGUGUGCAGCACCCUUUGCCGCACACUCACUCAGUGAGGAACAUCCAGGUUCCUCCCUCCCUCCUUCCAGGUGUCCCCCCCCCCACCCAUGAGGAGGUGUCCCCCCUGCGCGGAGGAAAGGGAAUCUUGUGGUGGCCAUC